CAGUCACAUACACACCCUGAACAAGAGCCGAGCAUAUACAGUCGAGCUUGUGUGUGUGUGUGUGUGUGUGUGUGUGUGUGUGUGUGUGUGUGUGUGUGUGUGUGUGUGUGUGUGUGUGUGUGUGUGUGUGUGUGUGUGUGUGUGUGUGUGUGUGUGUGUGUAUAUAUCCUACUGUAUACAUCGAUGGAAACAGUGACAGCAUUCAGUGAUUAAUCAGUUUAUCGUGUGGGAUUAUGAUGAUGAUGAUGAUGAUGAUGAUGAUGAUGAAGCUCUGCUGAUACCGAAUAAAGCGUAAGAUGUGAGCAUUGUCAUGGAAUAUAAUGAAAGACUUGCUCGCUUUCGUCAGGGUCUUGUCAAUCCAUUUGACAGGGGAGAGAAUGACAGCAGCUCAGAUGAGAAAGAUCCUCCCAAACAUGAGGUAAGGUCGGAGGUCUUUGAAUCCAGAAGUCAGAGUUCAGACCACACGAUGGAUCUGGGCUUGGCUGAAGACCACUUCUCUCGACCUGAUGGCUCAUUCAUUGCAUCUGAUAUAGAGCAGCUGAAACAGGCCAUAGAAGAGUGCAAGAGACUGAUCUUAGAACUACCAGAACAUUCUGAGAAACAGAAGGAUACAGUGGUAAAACUGAUCCAUCUUCGACUCAAACUUCAGGAGUUAAAGGACCCAGAGGAAGAUGAGCCCAACCUGCAGGUUCUGUUAGAACAUCGCUUCUCAAAAGAGAAGAGCAAGAGUGUCAAACAGACAUGUGACAAGUGCAGCACCAUCAUCUGGGGCCUCAUUCAGACCUGGUACACCUGCACAGGGUGUUAUUACCGUUGCCAUAGCAAAUGCAUGAAUCUCAUCACUAAACCGUGUGUGAAGUCAAAGGUCAGCCACCAGUCUGAGUACGAACUGAACAUUUGUCCUGAGAUCGGACUGGACAAACAGGACUACAGAUGUGCAGAGUGUCGCACACCCAUAUCUCUACGGGGUGUUCCCAAUGAGGCACGGCAGUGUGAUUAUACGGGUCAGUAUUACUGUAGCAGCUGCCACUGGAACGACACUGCCAUCAUUCCAGCUCGAGUCAUACACAACUGGGAGUUUGAGGCCCGCAAGGUGUGUCGUUCAUCCAUGCGUUAUCUGGCUCUGAUGCUGUCGAGGCCUGUGCUCAGACUGAAGGAGAUCAAUCCUCUGCUAUUUAACUUUGUGGAGGAGCUGGUGGCGAUCCGUAAGUUACGUCAAGAUAUCUUACUAAUGAAGCCAUAUUUCAUCACCUGUAAGGAAGCAAUGGAGGCACGACUGCUGCUGCAUCUUCAGGACCGUCAACACUUUGUGGAGAAUGAUGACAUGUACAGCCUUCAGGACCUGAUUGACAUCUCCAGUGGGCGUCUUAGCUGCUCCCUCACUGAGAUUCACACAACCUUCGCCAAACACAUUAAACUGGACUGUGAGAAAUGUCAGGCCAAAGGCUUCCUGUGUGAACUGUGUAAAGAAGGCGACAUUCUCUUCCCAUUCGACAGUCACACCUCCGUCUGUCACGACUGCUCCGCUGUUUUCCACAGGGAUUGUUACUAUGACAACUCCACCACAUGCCCACGCUGUGCCAGAAUGCUGGAACGCAAACAUGAGGAAUGUCUGAACCCAUAGAUCAGCAUGAACGACAGAUGGACGAACAACAUUCUCACAGCCACAUGUCUCUUAUUCUCUAUCUAUUUGAUAUAUUAUAUCUAUUUAUGAAGCAGUGUGGUUGAUGCAGAUCAGGAAAACCUAAUCGACUUAAUCUUUAUGAUGAUUUUGAGCAGAAAUGUACUUUAUUGGCACUGUUACAAGUUCUUUUUACAAACAGUCUAAACCAAAACCUAUCCUCCAAAAUUACUUUAUCGAAUUCAUUUAAAUAUUCAUGUUUUAAUGGACUUCAUGAAGAGUAAUGCCAUAUUUAACUUUUGACAUGUAUGUAAAAAGACAGUAGGGGAUAGACUUUCAAUCUCAUCAAAGGUUUGAAUUGUUGUUUAGAUUGGCGAUGAUGAUUGCGCAACAGUUGAUACAUUGAAAAUGUUCAGUAGACAAAAAAACUCCUGAAACUCAAGUUGUGGAAACUAGAUCUAAGAGUUUUAUAUACUGAAUGCAAUCACUCACAGCCUUGUUUUUAUUCCCUUCUUUAAUUAAAUAUGGCGCUUCUGUGACUAAGGUCUAUAAUUCAGUGUAGCAUGUAUGUUUAUGGGACCAGAUAAAAAAGAUGAUGCAACACUAGGCUUUUGCCAUCUCUUUUUGUUUUGUUUAUUUUUGUACUAUUGUCUCCAAAACACACUGUUGCUUUGAAAUGUUUUUGUACAUAAUAUUAUCUACAACAUAACUUGUGCUCCCAUUUAAUUAAAUCAACAUGGAUGUGUUUUAUUGCUCUCAUGGAUCUAAAAUAUCAUGACACCUCUCUGUGGAUGUGCAAAUAUAUCUCACAAUGGAGUGUUUAUUUAAUUGUAAUGAUCUGUUAUAAAACCAUAGAGAAUAUCAUAUGAAAUAGCAGCAUGUUAUUUAAUUGUCUCUGUAAUAUCCAUGUAAGAAGUGUUAUGAAGUUUAAUAUCUAAGAUCUCUACAUUAAGCAUGAAUAAACUUAUGAAA